ACUUUCAAGCUAAGGAAUUAGGAAAUAGCCAAUAAGAAUAAAUAAAAGUCUACACACUCCACUCCAAUUUAGGGAAUGAACCACUAAAACUAUCAUGUUCUACGGGGGGUCACUCGUUCCUCAAUUCGACGAUUCAGAGGCUUUCCAUUUUGCACUUAUAGAUGCAAAUUCUCAGAUCAAUUUCCAGUUGCAUCCGCAAAAUCUUCGAAUUCAUGGGAACAGAGGGUGUCUUGGAUGUUGUACGAAGACUGCAUUCAUAACUACCGAUAACAAGCCAACCGGAGAUCCAGGAAAACACCAACUUACUACUAGACAUAGUUAUUUAGAAGAUUUUUGUAGUACCAGCACAUACGAUUUGGAUUAUAGUGUACCUCAGUCUCAGAUAAGCGCUUCAUCAACUAGCGUUGCAGCAGCGGAUGCCCAAUGUAGUUCCGGCAACAACCCUUCAGAAUUCGUAAACCGUGGUCUUCUACUUUGGAACCAGACGAGACAACAAUGGAUUGGAGAUAAAGCACCCAACCACAAUAAAAAAUCUCGUUCGGCUAUUAUAAGUUGGAAUGCAACUUACGAUAAUUUGCUUGGGACAAACAAGCCAUUUUCACGUCCCAUCUCUCUACCGGAAAUGGUAAGUUUUCUUGUGGAUAUCUGGGAACAAGAGGGAUUGUACGACUAAGCUGCUGUCAAACAUAAGAUGUGUUGCUUUUUUAAUUGUAAUGCAACUACAACCAACAUCUGUCUGUUAUUAUGUUCAUAUCAUAUGACCGUGAAAUGUUCGAUUAUGUGUGUUUUGGGAGAUUUUGAGGGUGGGGUCUAAACUUUUGGUAUUGUUGUUUUAACUAAGGUGAGCAUAAGUUGCACAUGAGAGUGUAGUGGUACAAAUCUAUUGGUUUUUUGGUUGACAACUCCAACUUUUUGUGCAUAAUUUUACCUGGAAGAUCACUUGAAAGUAUUAUAUGAGUUGUUUGA